GUGCAUAUAUACCUUAUGUGGCUCAGUGUGUUGUUGAACUUGAACAUAGCCUCACUGUAUAUCACUUUGCUGCUCUGUUUUUCAGAUAGUCCUGACUUUGCUUGUAUUCAUAUGGGGUCUUCGCCUGGGAUUGUUUCUGUUAAUGAGGAUCUUGCAGUGGGGGGAGGAUAGACGUUUUGAUGAAAUGCGUAGUAAUUUGGGAAAGCUGGCAAUAUUCUGGAUAUUUCAGGCUGUCUGGGUGUGGACAGUUAGUUUGCCUGUCACAGUGGUUAAUUCAAGCUCAAGAAAUCCAUCUCUCCAGGCUGCGGACAUAGUUGGCUGGAUUAUGUGGUCAGUGGGUUUUUUAAUUGAAGCAACAGCUGAUCAGCAAAAAUUGGUAUUCAAAAACUCUCCAGAAAAUAGAGGGAGAUGGUGCAAUGUUGGAAUCUGGAAAUACUCUCGUCAUCCCAACUAUUUUGGCGAGAUUCUCCUCUGGUGGGGAAUAUUUGUGGCUUCCACACCGGUACUAGAAGGUGCUGAGUGGCUUGUAAUCCUUGGGCCAUUCUUCCUCACAUUGUUGCUUCUUUUCAUCAGUGGCAUACCAUUGCUUGAGGUAUCGGCAGAUAAGAAGUUCGGGAAUGUAGCUGAAUAUAGGCUUUAUAAAAGAAGAACUAGCCCUCUAAUUCUACUGCCACCAGCAGUAUAUGGGAAUUUGCCCUUCUGGUUCAAAGCAAGUUUUCUCUUUGAAUUUCCUUUCUACAGUCGUAGUCUUCCACAAGAAGGAUUAAACUGGUAUAGAGCAAGCGGGGGAGAAAGCAGCAGCGGAUUGAAGAUGCAUUAGUGCACGACGAUUCUUUGACUUGCGAAGUUUCAUUUCUUUAUACUCCCUUAUAUGGUUCAUUAGUGUUUGAUCUUCUCUAUGGCAAGUAUGAUGAAAUGGAAUUCUGAUUUGCUAAUUUUCAAGCUGUCCUGUUAUCCCCAAUAAGGAUCAUUGUAGAACAUGUACAUAUGAUCGGUUGAUUGUGCAAGAAUUUGAGUCAUCAUUAUCUUCCCUUUUCUUCUUUUCUUUUGUAAGUGCAGUACAAUUUACAAAUAAGGUGUGGUCAUUCUCUCCA